UGAAUAUUUUACAAUUUCAAGUUAAUUCUAUUUAGUUAUUGAGGAAACAAUUCUAUCUUCAUUUUAGAUCUUUAGGCUUGUACUUUGUGGCUCAUUAUGAGAAAUUUUGUGUGUGUUUCAGUUCGGAUAGUUAUCCUGGCACUGAUGAUACUUUAUACUUCAAAAUCCCAUGCAGAAGAACUGACUGCGAAUAGAGGGGAAGUUUUUACCAUGCCUUGUUUUACAAAACCUGCCACCAAUUUUUAUGUUGAUCUUGAAUUCAAGCCUUCAACGCCGACAACUAGUACUUCCCCUGUCAUUGCAAAGUUUAAUCCGGACUCAGGAAGUGUGAAUGUGUUGGAUUCUAAAUUCAAUGGUCGAGUCACCUUUAGUUUGAAAACAAAUGUUGGUGAUGCAAAUACGGUUUCUAUUUCAAGUAUUAGAAUUGAUGAUGAAGGAACAUAUACUUGUAUUGUAAGAUCUUUCGAUAUAAUUAAUAAUCUUGAAGAAUCAAGCAGCCUCGUAGUUUAUGUUCCACCAAUCAUUGAAGGACCUAAGCUGAUCAUCAACCCGCUUAUUGCUGAUGAACAAAUGAUGAAUGUAGCAUCCUGCACUGCAAAGAAUGGAAAACCUGAUGCCACAGUAGAAUGGUUCAACGAGAGACUGCUUUUCAAUGAUACAUCGGCAACUCAACCUGGUUCAGAUUCUGGCACAAAUACUGUAACUUCUACAUUGAAGUUAGCUCCAACUAAAUUUUACAAUAACCAAGCAUUUUUAUGUAAAAUUAGUCAUCCUGCUCUAAAGCAAGACAAUGUGACAAUGAUCAAGCUCAAUGUACAUUAUCCACCCAGUGUGCCACUAAUUGAACCUAUCAAUGACAAAACACAACUAAAGUGCACGGCGGAUUCAAAUCCACCUCCAACUAUAAAAUGGACUAUGCCUGAUGGAGUUACUACUCAAGAUUCGGAUAUUGCACCAAUUAUUUCUCCAAGCGAUCCAGCAAGACAAAAUGAUACUUACAUUUGCACAGCUUCAAACGGAAUCGGUUCUGCAACGAGCAGCAGUAUCACUACGGCAGAUGCAGUUUCAUAUGUAGAAAUUGUAAAUACAUCAAACACUGGAGUAAUUGUUGGUGCUGUUGUUGGAAGCCUUGUUAUAUUAUUACUCAUUGGUGUUCUUGUCUACUGGUUUUUCAUCAGAAAACAUAGAGAAAAGGACUCGGGUCCUUAUAACCCAAACAAAAUGGUUCGACCCACUGAAGAUGACGAGGGUGGCUGGAGUCGUUCUUCUGGUCGACCUAUCAUUCAGCAUGCAAAUGAAAGUUUGAAUAAAAAUGCACCACCAAGUCCAUCCCAUCCACCUCCCCAAGAAGAAGACGAUGCCAGUGACAAUAGUCAGUCCGAUGUGGAAGAGUUCACGGAAGGUCACGAUGUGGACUUGAAUAGUCCAUUAACUGGUGUUGAUGAUGAAGAUGUUGGAGGAGCUAUUGUCAGUAAAAACUCGGUCAAUUUCCAGCCAUAUUGGAGGAACUCUGUAGCGGAACAUCGAAGACAAAGACCCAGUACAUCACCUCACAGAAACAGUCAGAACAGAGGUUAUCGACAACCCGAACCUGCUCCGAGGACUCCACAAACAUCAGAUCCACAUUAUGAAGUUCCUCCUAAAGAAUAUUAUGAAGAUGAUGAAUAUGAUCAAGAUGAUGCACAUUUGAUGGCGGAUCAACGUCAUCCACAAGAUGACGAUAGAUUUUAUGAUUUACCUGAAGACAGAUAUCCUGGAUAUCAACCUAGAUAUGAUGAACCACCACAUCAUGAAGGACAUCUUCCACCAUACACAGACAACACUGUUCAAUAUGCAAGUAUUGAUCAUGAAUAUAAUGCAGGAAAGCCAAGAACAAGACCUCCGUAUCAUGAACCUGUGGAAUAUGCUGAAAUAAGAUCAAAAGGACAAAUCGUCUAAUAGAAUUUGCAUACAAAGCUCUAUUGUCACCACUUUAUGCAAGAUCUGCAAGUCACUUUGCCAACAAGGCGAUCAGCUUAUGACAGACGGACAAAUAAACUAAUUUGUCGAUCGACAAACAAAAGUCAGGAACAUGGAUGAUUUUUAGAAGUUAAUAUUUAGUAUAGAAUUGAUCACUCUCAUCAAAACCAAAAAUAUUCGAUGAUCGUCACAUUUUAUUUAUCAUAUGUCUUUUUCUGCACUGCAGAUCAAGAAAUUGAUAAAAAUAUAUGUCCAUAAAAAAUAAUAUUGUGUAAGCACAUAGAAAAAACAAUUUUGAAAAAGCACAUUAUCUUCAUCAGAAGAGAACUAUUUUGGCACCAAGCAAAUAUAACAAUUUCUUCAGUCAUUGUAAAAGUUACUUGUUUCAAUAGCUGUUCGCUGCUGUUGUUAAUGAGGUAAAAUACGAAAUUCAGUUUGCUUCGUCUGGUCAGAGUUUGUCUCCCUUGCACAGCUGAGUAUGGCCACUUCAAAUUUGAUACUUCAUUAAUAGAGUUGCGGAAAGAGUCAACUAUUGUGUAUUUGUUUUUCACUCGUGUGAUCAUUGAAAAACGAAAACAAAAACUGGGAAAUUUAAAUAUUAAAUGCAAUUUCAUCAUCUGAUCCUCAAAAUAUUAGGCUAAAAAUGUAUGAAGAAUCACAGAUUACGUUUCUAGUGUUUGUUCAGAAUUUUUUUUUCAUGCUGUAUCACCUGGCGAUCAAAUGGUCAUCAAUUGACAAAUCCAUAAUUCAACCUUAUUUGAUGUUUCUCGAAUUUAAUUUUUUGAAAAUUUCUGUCUACAAAUAUGAGGAUUCGGAAAUAUUAGUAAUGAUUUCAAAAUCAAUUAUUCAGAAAUUUCUGGUUACAUUUAUAUGUAUUAGUGUCUUGUUUGAAUUUAUUAGGGCUCAUUGAAUCUCACCAUCAUUUGAACUAUAUGUUUGUGUGGUUGUCCUGUUUUUUUUUUUGUAAUUUUGAAAGUUUUCCUUUAUCUUCUUAGUAUGUCAUUAGAAUUGUCAUUGUGAUAAAUAUUAUAGAUCAUAAUAUAAACUGAUACCACAUACGAUACAAUUUUAUGUCACAAUCCAAGAAAUAUUCAUGCUGUAUUGUUUUCAGACUUCAUAUUGAUAGUGUUACCAAUCCAUACCAAAUAGAUUUUCUGUACGAUUAUUCAUCCCAAUCGUUUUAACUAUUUGGGGGAAGUUGUUAAUGGAGUAUCCCCCAACUUCAAUUUUAUAGCCUACAUUAGCAAAGAAUUAUAACUAGUAAUCAGCAUUUCUGAUUUUGUUAUGAUGGUGUUUCUACUUUGUGGUAUUUUAUAUGGUUCUAUCAGUCCUGCCAUAUGUUGAAACCUUUUUCUGAUGAUUUCACUAAGAAGUUUCCAGUAUCUUGUUUUUUAUAUAGUGUGUUGUGAGCAAUCUGUUUUCCAAUCGAAGCCAUCUGUUGAUAUUAAAUUAUGUCUGCAUUUGUGCUCAUGUUAAAUGUCUUCCAACCAGUAUACUCUGAAAACAUUGUAAUGUAUCAUUUGCACGAGUUUCUUUUACAAUUUUUCAUACCCUGCGCAAAACUCUUUAUCUAAUGCCACUUCAAGAUUUCAUAUAUCUCAUGCCUUGUUGAUCUCACAAUUCAAUAGCUUUUUUGCUGCAUCAUUAUUUAUAUUCUCAUUUGUUUCAUCAUGGUGGUGCUCGUUUGAAAUAGUGAUGUGAGAGAUUACCAGUACUUUAUCUUGGUUGUACAAAACAAUAUGUCCUUGUAAUAUGAAAAGUACCUUUAUGGAUCAUUUGUGCUCGACAACCUUUUUUAAUUGUGGUGCUAAUUUUUUAUUAUGCUUUAUACUGCACAGUAGAUUGUAAACUCCUCUGUAUCUUGAAACCAAUGAAUGCUGUUAGUAAACAUAACAUGUAAACUAUGUAGAGUUGUAUAUAUUUGAAUAAAACUUUUUGAUAAUCACAA